AUGUUCUUGCAUCCUUCCCAUUUACAAAGGGUACCUAAGCCUAGUGCCAUUACCAAUAUUGAUCCAUCCUUAAUCAAGAAGCUGAAUCAUAAUGCCAGCGAACGUGAUCGCCGCAAGAAAUUAAUCACUCUCUAUGCUUCUCUUAGAUCAAUACUUCCAGGGGCUGAUCAAACGAGGAAACUAAGCAUUCCGGCGACGAUUUCUCGGGUUUUAAAAUACAUACCUGAGCUGCAAAAACAAGUUGAGAAGCUGAAACAGAGAAAACAGGACAUCCUAUCAAGUAUUCACAAGAAAGGAGAUCAAAUCCACAUCGAUACUAAUCAAAGUAAUGGGAUUGUUCGAAGAUCAUUACCAAGUGUUUCGGUGAGUCAAAUUGAAGAAAGAGAAGUAAUGAUUCAGAUAUGUGGGAGUCAGAACAUGAGAAGUUCACUGUCAGAGGUUUUGCUUAAUUUGGAAGAAGAGGGCCUUGAAGUGUCUAAUGUUUCAGCCUCUGCUUCAUCAGGGGCAGUAGUGUUUUACAAUCUACAUCUUCAGGUCUACUUUCUUUCUCAAUCAUGA